AACCGUUGAUACUCAAAUAAAGCUCCCUCGUCUGCUCCACCAGUCUGUCAUGGGUGUUGGGAAGUCUAAACUAGAUAAGUGCCCUCUUUCUUGGCAUAAAAGAGACAGUGUGGAUGGUGAACAAGACUGCCAUAAGUCCGACUCCAAGAACUCUGAGGAUGUGUCCUUACAAGGUUUUGUGGAGCAGAGCAGUGGAGCAGAGCCACCAACAGGAGAGCAGGACAGACCUGAGGCAAAGGGGGAGGGGAACGAGGAGCAAGUUGAAGAAGAGUUCCUCAAAUUUGUGAUACUGCAUGCAGAAGAUGACACUGAGGAGGCUCUCAGAGUCCAGAAUCUACUGCAGAACGACUUUGGGAUCAGGCCCGGGAUAGUUUUCGCUGAGAUGCCAUGCGGAAGGCUGCAUUUGCAGAAUCUGGACGAUGCGGUAAAUGGGUCGGCCUGGACGAUCUUGUUACUGACUGAGAACUUCUUAAGAGACACUUGGUGCAACUUCCAGUUCUACACUUCCCUGAUGAAUUCUGUGAACAGGCAACACAAGUACAACUCCGUCAUACCUAUGCGGCCCCUGAACAGCCCUCUUCCCAGGGAACGGACUCCUUUGGCGCUGCAAACCAUCAAUGCCUUAGAGGAAGAAAGCCAAGGCUUUUCCACACAAGUGGAGAGAAUUUUCCAGGAAUCUGUGUAUGAGAGGCAACAAAGUAUAUGGAAAGAGACACGACGUGUGACGCAGAGACAGUUCAUUGCCUAA